AUGACCUACAGUAUUGAUACAGAAGUGGGAAUUUGUACAGACAAGAAGCAAUACAGUGAACUCGGUGGAACCUGCGGAAGGAUUGCGGACAAGGCUCCCACGGAGGAAAAGGAGCGGUGUGUUUCGGAAGGAGUGGAGUCGUUGCAGAGGAGCUACGUAGGUGGCAAAGACAAUCGGUCGGUUCUCCGGACGAUUGUCCGGCACUUCCACGACUCGGACCUUUCGCUCCUGUUGUCUGAUAAAGAAGGAAGCUUCACAGUACUCCCGAAGAAAUUAUUUGGUGAGAAAGCUAUGCUGGCCAUCAACAAGAACUUCAAACUAGCAGACACACGACCGGCUAGGGCAAAAACUAGGGCGGUCAAGAUGCUGGAGGAGUUGAACCUCGAGGCUUUGGCGAAGCGUGCAAGAAAUUCCAAACUGGAUGUCCUGAAGAUGUUCUUUGCGGCGAAGACCCACAAAGUUGAGUGCCCUUUCAGAGCCAUCGUCACAGAGAGAGACAGCUGGCAGGCCCAGGUGAGCAGGUUUCUGCAGCUGCACCUGAGUAACCUCAUCCCAGAAGACCCUUACAAGGUGAGCAGUUCGGACCACCUCAUCGACGUACUACGGGAGGGCCUACCUGGAGUCAACAACGCUUUCUCCUUGGACGUUGAGGAAUUGUUUUAUUCGGUUCCACACGACGAACUUCUAGUUGCUGUUCGGGAACUGAUUGAGACAUCGGGCGUCUACAAGAUCAGUGAACGUAACAGUCACCAUUUAUUAAAUACUUUUUUCCCUCUUUAUUGUACUACAUAUCAGAUGAUAAACCAGCGGCCGCAAACAGCGGGUACGAAACAAUCGGACGAACUCGAAGAGUAA